UUGUAUUCUCUGUCACAGUGCGGCCGUGCCAUUGGCUUCUACGGUGAAGCUGCCGCCAGAGAGUCAGUGAGGCGACAAACUGGGGAUGGUCCCGGGCUGAGUCUCCACAAUGAGCCAGGCUCAGAGCCGCCUGCUCCGCACUUGACGCAACCCCGUCGGAACUUGCCGCGGCUCCACCGCAGCCCCCUUUUGGGGACAUUUUUGCACAUUUCACUCGCCGAGACGCAUCUUGAAGGACGAAUGACACUGGCUCACCUCAUGAUUUCAUCCUGCUGAAAGCUCGUGCGAGGCACAACAGUUUCUUCAUGGCGUCUCCGCAACAGUCAAGAAUUCAGUCGUAUCUGGAAAAGAAUAAAAUCGGCCCACUGUUUGAGGAGUUGAUGACCAAAUUGAUAACUGAGACUCCAGACCAUCCAAUCCCUUUUCUCAUUGAUCACCUGCAGACCAAGCAAGAUAGCCCCGGAAAGCUGCACAGAGCUCUCUCUGGCUCCGCAGCACUGUGGGCGCAGAGCUCCCCAGAAAGCAAAAACACUCGAAGGGAGUACAGCAACUAUGAGAAGCCAUGGCAAAUCCACCCAAAGAAACCAAAAAAAUCCAAGAGUGACCUGGCCGUUUCGAGUAUCUCUCCUCCCUCGCCAGAGUCCAAAUCCUUGCCGCGGUCAAUCGAGUGCCCGUCCUGGGACUGGAGGGAGAGCCGGGACUUUGACGAGCUAAGCCACAUUCUGCAGGAGAGCAAGAAGCUGGGCAAGGCCCUGGAGAGUCUGUCACGCAGCAUUGCCAUCUCUGAUGAGCUCGACCAGAACUUGGGAGGCUAUAACUCAGUCCUGCGCCCUCGGGUGGUGGGGGAGUGGGUUGGUCGGGAAGAAGAGGAUGCGGACCCGUUAGCUGCUGAGAUGCUGCACCCCCCCGUCCCUCGGGCUAAAACUGAAGUGUGCUGGAGUGGAGACAGCAGUCCUGCUGGGAGCCUGAAGAUGGAAGCAAAGACCAAAGGGCUAAAGGAGCAGCAGCAACAUCACAAGAAGCUCCUGGCAGCCAUGUUGUCCCAAGACUCCUUUGAUUCGGUCCAUAGCCCUGCCCCCUCCGUCACAGAGGAAGAGAUGGAGGACGAGGACGAUGCCAUGGAGCUUCUGGAGGACCUGGAUGACCUGCGGAUGGAGGGUGUGAUGGCCCUGGCUCCAUCCGGCAGUAAGUUCAGCCAGGGACGCAGCUCCUAUCAGCUUGAACCGCAGGCCAAAGUUACACUCAACAUCUGCUCUAGGUGUGCCAGGUUGCAGGGGGACAGUCUAUCAGACACCAGAUCUGAUGAGGAGCACAGGCCUCACAUAUCUGAACAAGCUGUACCUGACAUCUCCUCUCCAUUGCCCGGGGUGGACACAGUGGCGGGACGGCUGCAGGAAUGCGAGUCCUUGUCUCAAGUGUCAGCCUCUCGUCAGGCUGUCUGGGAGGCUGAUCUGAAGGCUCAAAGAGGUGGGAGCUCUGUCGGGCAGACAGGCCUGCUACUGGGUGACUCCCUAUUUUCUAAAGAGCUGGAGAACAUGGGCAAACAGCUCGCUGAGGUUGAGAAGGACCUGGCCAAGCUGGCAGAAGUAGGGAAGAUGACCUCUCGGAGCUCCAAUAAUCCGCACAGUACUCUGCUGCAUACCCCUCUGCGCCACAGAACACUACCCGACACGCUUCCUCUCCCCAGCCUGGUCUCCAGACCCCAGUCUCCAUCUGGUAGUCUUUCAGGCAAGCCCUGUGGUGUGGGCCUCCCUUUGCUUAGCCCCAAGCCAACCUCGCUGGUCAUGAGUCGGACUCAAUCUCCCACCAACCCUGGGAGCAGGACUCAAACUCCCAGAACACCUAGCAGGCCCCUGACACCAAAUAGUUUACUGACACGCUCCAACUUUAACUCUGGAUCUCAUAAAGAGGUGACCUUCAGGAGGUCACGGAGCCGCCCUGUGACACCCACAUGCCAGCCCACACAUCCCCGACCGCUGCUCACCCCUCCUGGACUAAGCACUACAGACAGCCUUGGUGCCAGCCUACGGGCCUAUUUGUCUGAGGAUGAGUUUUACCAGCAGUUACAGGCCAUCAGACAGCCUUGGCAUAUUCCCAGUGACACAGACAGUGACAUCCUGGAGCCUCCUGAACAGGAUAAGAGUGGUGCACGAGAUGCCAAUAAGAGAUCUGUCUUUUCAGGCCUGUAGUGAUGAAGACCAGAGACACUGAUCCAAUCAAACUAUUAUGCAAACCACUGGACAUUUUGAAUAUGUGUAGAGACAAUUAUUUUUAUAAUUCAUAUGAUUGAAAAAAAGAUUGUAUACUUUUUUCACAGAUAUUUCAUAGACAUUGUACUGUAACUGUAUGAUAAAUUGUGGAAAUAUUACUUCAGAGUAUGAAAUAUAACAUUUAUUUUUGUUUGCUCUAUAGCAUGCUAUUGAACUUCCAUGUGGAGUCCAGAAACAGAUGCAUUUUGUUGUUAACGGACUCGUUUUUUUCUAGGCAUAGUCCAUAUUCACAUUGUGAGGGCAGCACACCCAUGUUAAGAAAGCAUUUAUUGAUAUGCACUGUUAAAAAAUUUAGUGUUUUUCACAAACACACAAGUU